AUGGAUUUACAAGAAUCAGCAGUGUCUUUGGUGCGGCAUUUGGGGGAGAAAGUUGAAGAUCCCCGUGGUUUUGGGUUCAUGAGCCCUGCCAUCUAUGAUACCGCAUGGGUUUCUAUGAUUAGCAAGACGAUCGAUGAUCAAAAACUAUGGCUCUUUCCGGAAUGUUUCGAGUACAUUCUUUCUCACCAGCUCGAAGACGGUGGUUGGGCGAUGUAUGCGUCUGAAAUUGACGCCAUCCUAAACACCUCAGCCUCAUUAUUAUCAUUGAAGAGACAUCUCUCAAAUCCCUAUCAAAUUACAUCUUUGACCGAAGAGGACCUAUCAACUCGCAUUGGCAAAGCCCAAGAUGCCUUACAAAGACUUUUAAAUGAGUGGAAUGUUGACACUACACUUCACGUGGGGUUCGAGAUCCUGGUUCCGGCAUUAAUCAGGUACCUAGAAGAAGAAGGCAUCGCUUUUGAAUUUCCCGGAAGACAGCGUCUGCUUGAUAUCGAGAAACAAAAGUUAUCAAAGUUCAAAGCGCAAUAUCUCUACCUUCCAAUCAAAGUGACAGCUUUGCACUCUCUCGAAGCGUUCGUAGGAGCUAUUGAGUUUGAUAAAGUUGGUCACCACAAAGUCAACGGUUCUUUCAUGGCAUCUCCGUCAUCCACAGCCGCAUACAUGAUGCAUGCAACGCAAUGGGAUAUCGAGUGUGAGGAUUACCUCCGCCACGUUAUUUAUCAUGCAUCUGGAAAAGGAUCCGGAGGCGUCCCUAGCGCCUUUCCUUCCACGAUCUUCGAAAGUGUUUGGCCUCUAUCAACUCUGCUCAAGGUGGGAUAUGAUCUUAGUUCUGCACCUUUUAUCGAAAAGAUUAGAUCAUACCUACAUGAUGCAUAUGUUGCCGAAAAAGGAAUUCUCGGCUUUACUCCUUUUGUCGGCGCCGAUGCAGAUGAUACCGCUACCACAAUCUUGGUGCUAAAUCUUUUGAAUCAACCAGUCACGGUCGACGGGAUGUUGAAGGAAUUUGAAGAAGAACACCACUUCAAGACCUACUCUCAGGAGCGCAACCCCAGUUUCUCGGCUAAUUGCAAUGUCCUUCUUGCCUUGCUAUAUAGUCAAGAGCCAUCGCUUUAUAACGCCCAAAUCGAAAAGGCUGUAAGAUUUCUAUACAAGCAAUUCACAGAUUCGGAAUUGGAUGUUCAAGAUAAAUGGAAUCUAUCACCAUACUAUUCUUGGAUGUUGAUGACACAAGCUGUCACGCGUUUGGCCACACUUCAAAAGACAUUCAAAAUAUCAACAUUGAGUGAUGGUUCCAUGAGCAGAGACUUAAUUAGUCUACUACUCAGAAUAGCUUCCACUGUUGUUAAAGACCAAAAACCAGGAGGCUCUUGGGGAACACGGGCUUCGAAAGAAGAGACUGCCUACGCAGUGUUGAUUCUCACUUAUGCCUUCUACCUGGAUGAAGUGACAGAGUCAUUGCGAAAUGAUAUCAAGACCGCCAUUGAGAAGGGCUGCUCAUUCCUCGCGGAACAAAGUACGCGGUCUGAUUCAGAAUGGCUUUGGGUCGAGAAAGUCACAUACAAAUCAGAAGUUCUUUCACAGGCAUACAUUUUGGCUGCUCUGAAACGGGCAGCUGACCUUCUGGCGGAGAAAGCAGAAGCCCUCCGGGCCACCAAUGAUAUUUCCACAAAUCCAAUCGAGCAAGCUAAUGGAAUAACUGGCAAGGCGGAAGUCAACAAUACCAAUGGUACCAAUGGUACCAAUGGUAACCACGAGACAAAUGGUAUCAAUGGCACGCAUGUAAAUGAACAAAAGAAUGGUGUGAACGGCACAAACGGUCAUUCAUACUCACCUCAAGAUACAAAUGACAAGGUAAAAGAACCAACUGCAGUUACUGCAACAAAUGUCCACCAGGCCAAUGGUACAAAUCACGAAGGUUCCCUAUCGAAUGGGAUUUCUAAGGGGGAUUCUAUGUCCAUUCACAGAGAUCACUCAGACAGUUACUAUCAGCGCAGUGAUUGGACAGCGGAUGAAGAACAAAUUCUUCUCGGUCCAUUUGACUACCUGGAAAGCCUGCCAGGCAAGAACAUGCGUUCACGACUCAUUCAAUCAUUCAACACUUGGCUCAAAGUUCCAACAGAGAGCUUGAAUGUUAUAAUCAAGGUGAUUUCGAUGUUGCACACAGCCUCGCUCUUGAUCGAUGAUAUACAGGAUCAAUCCAUACUCCGCCGCGGGCAGCCUGUAGCACACAGCAUCUUUGGCACAGCGCAAGCAAUGAACUCGGGAAACUAUGUAUAUUUCCUAGCUCUUAGGGAGGUUCAGAAGUUACAAAACCCGAAAGCUAUUAGCAUCUAUGUUGAUUCUUUGAUUGAUCUUCACCGUGGUCAAGGCAUGGAGCUUUUCUGGCGUGAUUCGCUCAUGUGCCCCACCGAAGAGCAGUAUCUGGACAUGGUCGCAAACAAAACCGGAGGUCUAUUUUGCCUUGCUAUCCAAUUGAUGCAAGCCGAGGCCACUGUGCAAGUCGACUUUAUACCACUUGUCCGAUUGCUUGGGAUUAUCUUUCAGAUUUGUGACGAUUACUUAAAUCUGAAGUCUACAGCCUAUACCGACAACAAAGGGCUGUGUGAGGAUUUGACAGAGGGCAAAUUUUCGUUUCCUAUUAUCCACAGCAUCCGAGCCAACCCAGGCAACCGACAGCUGAUUAACAUAUUGAAGCAAAAGCCACGUGAAGAUGACAUUAAACGAUAUGCUCUUUCAUAUUUGGAAAGCACAAACUCAUUUGACUAUACUCGUGGCGUUGUCAAGAAGUUGAAGACGGAGGCAAUCGAAACUAUUCAGGGCUUGGAGAAGCAAGGAUUAGAAGAGAACAUUGGCAUUCGAAAGAUACUCGCUCGAAUGUCCCUUGAGCUUUGA